AAAAUGCUGACGGGUAAACUUUGAAAAGUUUCACAGGUUGUUUAUUCUAACCUGAGACCACCAUAAAUCAACCUUACGAAUUCGUGCAAAGACUAUCUUCUGAUCUAAACACUACACCUGCAGAUAUGCUGUCCAAUGAUAGGAAAGCUCUUUUUUGUGUGUCCGUUGUUACUGUUCUAGCUAUACAGCCAUCCGCACAGAAGUCAGUGUCAACAACACAGCAGUCGAUGUCAACAGCAGUCAUCCCAACAAAAUGUGUUCCCAAGAUUAAACCUCCAGGAAACACAUGCAACAGAACUCAGUAUUACGAUGAGAUGAACUUUGAUUGUCGACCUUGCAGUCGAUGUUGUAAGUAUUCUGGAGUGGUAUCAGAAUGUGAAGAUGGGUGCAUGCCAUCUUCUCACACAUGUGCAGAGGAAGACAAAUGCAGAGUGCAUUGCGGCCCACCUCCAGUUCUUGACCAACCCAAUUAUAAACCAAGCCUAAAAGAGUAUGACGAGUAUGAUGUUGUGAAAUAUUAUUGCCCACCAGGAUAUAUGUUGUCUGAGAAUGUUACAUCACAAUGUGUUGAACCUGGGAAUUGGUACCCAGUUCCCCCAUCGUGUCUUAAAGUAUAUCAUUGUGAACAGCCUCCUCGUGUUGACUAUGCCAGCUAUGUUCCUGAGAAAGACAGAUACGAUGUCAUGGAAAAUAUAACAUUCUCCUGUGCUGAUUUUCACAAACUAUCUGGCAACAUGACAAUAUAUUGUGGACCAACUGGAGAAUGGUUCAAGCUUCCAUCAUGUGAUCUUGAGGUAUGGAAAGUAGUAGCAGUUUGUGUUGGCAUCUUAGCAAUGAUUAGGUUGGCCAGUUAAAGAGAAAAGAAGCAGAGGAAACUAGUUGAGGGAAAACAGAAGGCUGAAAAGAAAUUAAGAAAGAUUACCCAGCAAGUAAAUGCUAUAAAGCAUUUUAAAGAUUUGCCAAAGUCUGUAAGAGAUGGCGUUAUUUUACGAUGUGAAGUUGCUGGUAAACCAUGGAAAUCCUUAUUCAGAAGGCUUGGGUUUGAGGACGAAAUGCUAAGUUAUUAUGAAGGAAGGCAGGAUCCAUUUAAGGAGGGAAUGGAUGAACUAGCUACCCAAGGGAAUGAUGAUAUCACAGCUAUUAUGGAGGCAAUGUUGUUGACAGUCGUACCUGAAAGCCUGGAAGAUGGUUGUAUUAAGGCCCUGGAAUACCUCAUUGAGUCCAUUGAUGGGGAAGAUGUUGAUGUGAAUACCAAUUCACAAGGGGAUAAUCUCCCACUUAUAUAAAACCCAAGAGUAGAAUAAAGCAUCUUUAUGUAUGGGAAUAUGUUAACUAUGCACUUGCCACUUUGCUAGAAGGGAAAAUGACACAUAUAUUGAAGAUAUGAAGAUCUUAACAGAGUUCAUCCAUGGAAUUUAUUAAUCCGUAUAAUUGGGCCCCUCACAGAAUGGCAAGGCUAGUAUUAUUGCAAAAUACUUACCCCUCAAAAUUUUGACAUUGGGAGAUGUAAAAAUUUGUAUUCAGAAUUAGUAUUCAUCCAAUGAUGAAAACUCAUUUAGUGUCGCUUGUGUUGUGUUGAAAUCCCCAAAUUUAAUAGUUCAAAAUGUGG